CACGUAAGUGUAGCCUGGCCUUUCCCGGUACUAUAAUCUGGUUCCCUGCUGAUAUCUAUAGUCUGGUGGUAAGAUCACUCCUACUACAAGAACCUGGCAAUGGCCUCCAUGCUCAUGGUGCAUAUGAAUCCAGGUCAAGGGGAAACAAGUUAUGCUCGCAACUCCUCUCUUCAGAAUGCAGAGCAGAAGAGGCUGAAGCCUCUGAUAGAAGCGGCUAUCGUUGAUUUCUGCACCAGCACCGGCACCUUGUUACUGACAAAGAUGGUGGUUGCCGACCUGGGGUGCUCCUCUGGUCCAAACGCUAUAGCUCUAGUGUCGGUCGCCGUCGAGACAAUCCACAAUCACUGCCUUCGGUUCUUACAGCCACCUCCGGAAGUGUGUGUGCUCCUCAACGACCUGCCUGGCAGCGACUUCAACACGGUGGUGAAGAGCCUGGACACGCUCCGUCAUAGCAACUGCGAGCCUAUUGUAAUCACUGGUGUUUUACCGGGGUCAUUUUACGAGAGGCUCUUCACAAGUGGCUCCUUGCAUUUUGUCUUCUCGUCAAACAGCCUGCAUUGGAUCUCAAAGGCCCCAGAAGAUCUAACAAGGAACCAGAUCACGGCGUAUGACAUUGAUGAGCAUAUCAGGCUUCAAAGGCGCCCUAUGGUCAUUGAAGCUUAUGCACAACAGUUCAGGAAAGAUUUCACACGUUUCCUGGAGCUGAGAGCCAAAGAACUGAUCCCAGGAGGCCGGAUGGUUGUUUCCCUUGCCGGGAGAGAUUCUGAUGUGAUCACCCCCAAAUUCUCUCACCUGUGGGAGUUCAUAGCUCAGAAUCUAAGCAUCAUGGUCUUAGAGGGUGUGAUUGACAAAGCAAAGUUUGACUCUUUCUACCUGCCUGUGUAUGAACCUUCCGAUAAAGAGCUGAGGGAGAUCAUCCAAGAUGAGGGCUCUUUCUCAAUCACGGAGAUGCAGGUGAACGAACCUCCAAGCGGUCCGGACAGCGCACUCGUGGUCCCAAGCAGGUUUGUGAAUGUGAUCAGAGCCGUAUUUGAGCCAAUAAUAGUCCUGCAUUUUGGACAAGUCAUGGAUGAAUUCGUGCGGACUUUGGAGCGACGCUGGAGCUUGGAGGGUAGCUUGCAAGACGAACAUGCCAGAAACCCGCGAACUACGGUAGCCGUAUCCCUCAGGAAAGCAUGACCAGUAGGUUGGGCAGGUCGGUUCAAGGGAGGCUUCCUAGCUAAUCCGGAUCUUCAACCAGGUGUAUGUGCCAUCGUCUUCAGCUAACGUUCGGGCAGUUUUGAUGGGCCAUCGUCUCCCUAAGUUCUACAAGUCUGGGCGCAUCCAUGGGCGUUCUACUUCUAAAUGUCAUCUCCUUACUGUAAUAAGCUUGGCAGUGUAUGUAUGGUUUUCUACUACUUUUAUCACCAUCUUGGUUCUGCGUC